AUGAGGACAAAUGAUUCAAGUAAACUGAAGAAACUGUAUCAAAUAGAGGAAAAGAGAUUUGAGGAGAGGAUAAGAAGGUAUGAAGAUAUAGGAUACAUGAUGGAUAUGCAUCAGUUUUACUUGGAGGAUGUCUUGCUGAAGAGAGAGGAGAUGCUCUACAAGUACACUCUGUCCCAAAAGGAUACACCAGAAUUUUCUGAAGAAGACAAUCCAGGGUUUGAUUACGAGUUCAUACAUAAGAGUGUUGGAGAUAGGGAGUGGAGGAACAGGAUUCCAAAUAGCGGGAUGAUAAAGGUUAGAGGGCUGUCUGCUACUGCCAAGACUACAUGCAGAGAGGAGCGGAUUGUCCGCCCGCACUCGAAAGCACAAAGAACAAAGGGAGGGAGGGUGUAUGCCUGCGAGAUAGAAGGAUGCAACAAGAAAUACACGUCCUCCUUCGGACUAAAAUACCACAUGAAGGAAGGCCAUUCCGAAGAGAAGAUGAACAUAUUCAAGCCAUAUGUUUGUCCAUUUGAUGGAUGCGAUAAGAAAUACAAAAACAACAACGGCCUCAAAUACCACAUAAAACAUUACCACGACGAUCAGGCUGCCUGA